AUGUUGCGAUACACAAGGAAUUACCGAUUACAUAAUGUAGCAUCUUCACUUAUUUUGAAGAGAACUGCUAUUAUUCCAAGUCUUCAGGGACUGAGACGUGGUAAUUUCAGUCAAGAUGAUACUACAAACUUGAAUAAUAAAAAAAGAAGAAAGAGAAAGGUGACUUCAAUAUCAUUAGAUGACUUGAAUUCUGUUAAUUUAAAAAAGGUUAAUACUAAAGAAUUGGAAUUCAAAGUCAGACAAUUAAAAGAAUUUACAAAAAAUUUAAAGGCACAAAUUAAACGUUCUGAAUCAAGAAAUGAAAAACGAGAAACUGAAGAUGAUAUUGAUCUUGAGGAAAUUAAUAAAGACGCCGAUUCUGUAUUUGAAAAUUUAUCAAAUCAUGAACGUCGAAAAAAUCAUAAAGUUCAAAAUCAUCUAGGUAUCCCCAUUGGAAAUUCACAGAAUCAAUCGACAAAUUUAUCAUCUUUGAUUUUAGGUUCUUCACUCGAACAAGCUCAAAAGUUUUUACCUUCGACCUUGGUUACAAGAUUAAAUGAUAAUAAUUUGGUUUUAAAAUGUUUGACUGAUAAAACAAGACAAAAUUGGAAUCCUAUUAUAAAAAGUAUAUCUAAAAAUCGUGAAGGUUUAAAUGGUAUAGGUAAAAACAAAUUAAAUUCUACUUUACUUUCGUCUGUAAAAGGGUUAUAUUUUGAUAAUAUUGAAAGAUUGGACAAAAUGUUAUUAGAAUAUGUUGAUAAUGACAUUACAAAAUUCACUACAGAAAUGUAUUUAUCAUUAUUCGAAAAUUUAUCUAAUAUUAAACUCACAGAUCCGAAUAUGUCAAAUGAAGUUAUUGUGAAAAUGAAAGAAUUAUUGGAGAGAUAUGAUGAAGCUUUAAUAAAAGGUACCGAUACGAAGAUGACUCAAUACAUAUUAAAUAAUGGAAUAAAAUUCGCAAGUAAGCUAAACAAUCAUGAACAUAUGGAAUAUUUCUUGACAAAAUUCAAAGGAUAUGGAAUUAUCCCAAAUAGAAUCAACUAUACAACUGUUCUUCAAUAUUAUAUUAGAAUGGGUAUUUCAAAAAAAUCGUGGGAUAUUUUUGAUACUAUGAAGUUUUUAUCAAAGGAACAUGCCCCAGACUUGAUUGCUUAUAAUAGUGUCCUGACUCUGUGUAGUAGAGAUAAGGAUUAUUCAAAGGCACUAGACAUUUACAAUGAAAUGGUUAACUCGGGGAUUAAUCCAGGCACAUCUACGAGAACCAUAAUGGCCAAAAUAUUAGCUAUUGCAAGUAGAGAUUCAUUUACAAGUGAAGGUAAAAGUGAAUCAUUAAGACUUUUAGGUUGGAAGUUUAUUCAUGAAAUCAUUGAAACUACUGGAUCCAAAUUAUCUCACAAAUCUUUGGAAUCAAUGAUUGCACUGGCUGCAUAUGAUGGUGAUGUAGGUAUGUCAAGAGCCUUAUAUCAUUGUUAUGUAACAACAAAGUACAGAAAUGUUGUACAAAAUUGGGUUGGGAAAAGAGAUUAUGUUAAAAUAUGGAAAUCUGUACUUGAUCCACGUAUGUUGAACUACUUAUUUCUGGCUUAUUCCAAUUACAAUUCCAAUAAAUUACCUCUCUUGUUAGGCUAUGAACAAGGUAUCCUUUUGAGAAGAAAUAUUAUCAAUAGUGUAGAUUAUUCAGGAAGAUCUGAAUUUGAUGACGAUUUAGGAGUUUUGUUACCAUUUCUACCAGUUACUGAAAUAAAACAUAACUGGGAAUUACUAGCCGAAUCUCGUGCUAUAUGGCACUUCAAUUUAGAAUAUGGUGGAUCAACAAGUUUAAGAUCAACUAGUGAAUCAAUUGUCGACAAAUCUACCAUAAUGACAGCUGUGGAAAAUUCAAAAACAAUAGACGAUUUUAAAUGGAAUAUAUUCUCUAAAAUACAUGAAUUAAAAUCACAGACUAUUAAUACAGAUGUUUUGAAUUCAAUCGUUUUGAAUACAUAUUUGACUAUUCCAAUAAAGUUACAUGAUAAGAAAGAGUUUGUAUUACGAUUAAAGGAAUUCACAUUCCAGCAACAUGAUUUUGAUUCCAAAAUAGAAAGCUUUUACUUGGAAUCUAACAAUAAGAUGGUCGAAGAUAAUGAUAAGAAUUCUAGUUCACCUUCUACAUCGGAAGAUACUUCUAUUGAACUAGCUGAAGAUCCAAACGACUUGCUUGCUCACUAUAUUUUAUCACUAAAACAUAAAAUAUUGGCAAACUGUUCCACUUAUGAAUUAACUAUGAAAGCAGCUUCAAAAUUUAAUGAUAUAAAACUAGCAACGGAAGCAUGGGAAGAAAGAGGUAAAUUCAGGAAAUCUUCGAGUUUCCAAAAAUUAGCACAAAAUAACAGAAUGGAGUCAGAUACAAAAUUUGCUGAGCUUAUGGUUGCAUUUUUUAGCUCUCAAAAAAUGUAUACCGAUGCAUUGCAUGUAGUAAUGUCAUCUAAAAGAUAUAUUGAUUGGAAAUAUCCUAUGGUUAAGAAUUUGCACCGUGGCUUGUUAGAAAUUGAAGACUCAAGAAGCAUAGACAUUCUAUUAGAUAUUGUUAAUAGAAAAUCAAAAGUACAGACAAUUGAAGAGACAAUUUCCUCUUUGACAUUGUAA